AUGAUUUACUCUUCUGGAAGGGAAUCCUACUUCAACUUGAACUCCACCUGGUAUGACCCUGCAGGUUCCUGGCUGGACACCCGGCGCACCCCCUUCACCUAUGCUUAUGACACCUGCUGCAGAAGUGGUGGCAGGCCAAGGGAAGCCCAUAAUUACCGAUACUAUGGGUAUCGACGAUCGGGCUGUGGUGAGAAUUGCCAUGGGUCGUCGGGGUCAUGCCACGGCAGUGGAGGCCACUGCUGUGUUAGGAGGCCAUCGUACUUCCAUGGAUCCUCCGGAGGAAGCCAUGGGCGGUGUGUCUGUUCUGAGCCGUCAUGCCACGGUUCUGGAUCGUCAUGCCACGGUUCUGGAUCGUCAUGCCACGAUUCUGGAUCGUCAUGCCAUGGUACCUCUGGAGCAUGCCACAGUACACCAACUUAUGUGAAGCCAAAACAACAUGUGCAACAGUGCUGCCCUCCAGUGCAGAAGUACAGCCCUCCAGUGCAACAGUGCUGUCUUCCAGUGCAAAAGUGCUGCCCUCCAGUGCAGAAGUACAGCCCUCCAGUGCAACAGUGCUGUCUUCCAGUGCAGAAGUGCUGCCCUCCAGUGCAGAAGUGCUGA